GACUACCCCGCUCCAGUCCGCGUAUUGCCCCGUCUUUGAUCAGACGUCUGUGUGCCCUAGUCUUGUGUUUUUCCGUGUAUCAUUGUGUAUUUACUGUUUGUGUAUUGUGUAUUCUGUUACCACGAGUGUCGACUACGAUUUACUGCGUAAGCCAAGAUGACGUAACCGCGCAGCAGCCAGCGGUGAGGAUGCGCGCUGUCGGGCGCGCGCUGCUAUGGUGCGCGGUGGUGGCGUGCGCGGCGCGCAUGGCCCGCGGCACGUGCCCGUGGGCGUGCUCGUGCCGCGCCGCCGCGGCCGACUGCGCCCACCGGAGCCUCCUGCACGUGCCCAAGAGGCUGCCAGCCGACUCGCAUCGACUAGACCUACAAGGCAACAACAUAACGAUAAUAUUCCAGAGCGACUUUCAAAAUUUGAAGGAGCUAAAAAUAUUACAGCUGUCGGAAAACUUAAUACACACAGUAGAGCGGGAUGCUUUUCUAGAGCUCAAUGGACUGGAGAGGCUGAAAAUGAACAAUAAUCGUAUCGGCCAGUUGGCCGACGGUCUGUUCUUGAAACAGAGACACCUGCAGAGAUUGGAUUUGAGCCGUAACGAGCUGACGGCCAUCAGCCGACGCACCUUCCGCGGUCUGACGGCCCUCAAGAGUCUCCAUCUAGAUGGGAACCAGCUCAAGUGUGUGGACGAGAAGGCCCUGGAACACCUCAAGAGUCUAGAAGUAUUGACAUUGACGAAUAAUAAUCUCACGUACCUCUCCCUGGAGCCGGUGGCGGUGACUCGUCUCCAUACACUGCGUCUAACAGACAACCCAAUCGUGUGCGACUGCCGGGUCGCGCGCCUGGCGACCGCCGUGCGCGCUGCCAACUUACUGGGCGUCGGGGCGAAAUGUCAGGCACCGGCGACGUUGCGCGGUGCUCUAUUGACAGAGUUAGAUCAUGAACAGUUCUGCAGCGGUCCGACGACGGCCAUCGCGGGCGAGUGCUCGGCGGAGCCCCGCUGCCCGCCGCCGUGCCGCUGCACACCCGAGGGCACGGUCGACUGCAGGGAGAAACUCCUCUCGGAACUGCCCGCUGCUAUACCCCACCGGGCCACUGAGAUCCGUCUAGAACAGAACGAGAUAACCGACGUGGGUCCCGCUGCGUUCUCGGCCGUCAAGCGUGUGGCACGCAUCGACAUAUCCAACAAUAAAAUUACCAAAAUAGCGGCCGACGCGUUCACGGGGCUCACGCAUCUCACGUCACUAGUAUUGUACGGGAACAAAAUCAAGGACUUACCAUCUGGAAUCUUCCACGGGCUGACGUCUCUACAGCUGCUAUUACUAAAUUCUAACGAAAUAACUUGCGUGAGGAAGGACACGUUCAGAGAUUUGCAGAACUUGAAGUUGUUAUCUCUUUAUGACAACAAUAUAAGAUCUAUCCCGAAUGGAACGUUCGACUCGCUCACCGGAAUACAGACUCUACACCUGGGCCACAACCCGUUCGCGUGCGACUGCUCUCUCCGAUGGCUGGCCGCGUACCUACGCAAGAACCCCAUAGAAACAUCUGGAGCCAAGUGCGAUUCGCCGAAAAGGAUGAGCAGGAAGCGGAUUGACGCACUCAGAGAGGACUACUUCAAAUGCAAACCGGGCGAGGAGUGGGAUAACGCAUGCGCGGCGGGCGGCGCGUGCCCGGCGGCGUGCGCGUGCGAGUACGCGCCGCGCGCCGUGUCCGUGAGCUGCGCACGCGCCGCGCUCGCCGACAUCCCGCGCGACCUGCCGCUCACCACCGACGCGCUUAUAAUGCCAGACAACAAUUUGGGCCAGAUCAAGUCCGACGGUCUAUUCGGUAGACUGCCGGACCUGACCAAACUGGACUUCAGGAACAACGGCAUAACUGUGAUAGAGGACAACGCGUUCGACGGCGCCGCCAACAUACAAGAGUUGCUGUUGGACGGCAACCAGCUCCAGACCGUCACCGACAAGAUGUUCUUCGGUCUGCACAGCCUUAGUAUACUAUCGCUUACAAACAACAAGAUCCGUUGCAUCACUCCUGGCGCAUUCGACCACCUCACCAUGCUGUCCACUCUCAACUUGGAAUCGAACUCGCUUGAGUGCACGUGUCACCUGGCAUGGUUGUCGACGUGGUUGCGCGAGCGAGGGCUGUCCCCGGCCGCGACGUGCCGCUCCCCGCCAGCAUUGCUUAACGCAGAACUUCACCAGUUAGAUGUCGCUGCGUUCAAAUGCACACCGGAGGACGUGGGCUGCCUGUCGCGCGACUACUGCCCGGCGGCGUGCUCGUGCGCCGGCACCGUCGUGCGGUGCGCGCGCGCGCGGCUGCAGGCCCUGCCGCCCGCCCUGCCGCGACACACCUCCGAGCUCUACCUCGAAUCGAACGAGAUCACGUCCAUCUCUUCCGAGCAGAUUCGCCACCUCACUCAGCUGACGAGACUAGACCUCUCCAACAAUAAGAUCAGCGUGCUCUCCAACAACACCUUCGAAGGUCUCACCAAGCUGUCCACGCUCAUAGUCAGCUACAACAAUCUGAGAUGUGUUCAGCGCGACGCCCUCAAAGGUCUAAAACAACUUCGCGUGCUGUCCCUCCACGGCAACAACAUCUCAAUGCUAGCGGACGGCGUGUUCAGAGACUUGAAGUCCAUCUCGCACGUCGCGCUGGGCUCGAACCCGCUGUACUGCGACUGCGGGCUGCGCUGGCUGUCGGAGUGGGUGAAGGGAGCCCGCGAGUACGUGGAGCCUGGCAUCGCUCGCUGCGCCGAGCCGGCCGCCAUGCGCCACAAGCUGCUGCUAAGCACACAGUCGCAAGCCUUCCUCUGCAACGGCGAGCCGCCCGCGGAGCUGGUGGCCAAGUGCGACAGCUGCUACAGCAACCCGUGCGCCAACGGCGGCACGUGCAGCCCCACGCCGGCCGGCGGCUUCCGCUGCGGCUGCGCGCGCGGCUACCACGGCGACACGUGCCGCCUGCGCAUCGACGCCUGCUACGGCUCGCCCUGCCGCCACGGCGUCUGCCGCCUGCUCGAGGAGGGCCGCUUCCAGUGCGCGUGCCAGGCCGGCUACACGGGCGUGCGCUGCGAGCUGGACAUCGACGACUGCGCCGCGCACCGCUGCCAGAACAACGCCACCUGCCACGACCGCCUCGGCGGCUACACUUGCCACUGCGCGCCAGGAUACAUGGGCGAAUUCUGCGAGACGAAGAUCCCGUUCUGCACGGCGGAGUUCAACCCGUGCGCGAACGGCGCUCAGUGCAGCGACCUCGGCAGCCACUACGCCUGCGCCUGCCCGCGCGGCUACUCCGGCCUCAACUGCACGCUCAACGCCGACGACUGCGUCAACCACAUGUGCCAGAACGGCGCGACGUGCGUGGACGGGCUGGAGGAGUACUCGUGCGCGUGCGCGGCGGGCUACGCGGGCCGCUACUGCGAGGCGGCGCCGCACGCCGCGCUCGGCACGUCGCCCUGCGCGCACCACGACUGCGUGCACGGCGUAUGCUACCUGCCGCCUGCGCCCACGCUCGCCGCGCUCGACGAUAUUAUGAUGGAGCGGCCGGCGCUCGGCGCCGCCACCGACUACCUGUGCAAGUGCGCGCCCGGAUACUCAGGUCGCUUCUGCGAAUACCUCACAUCCCUCACAUUCAACCACAACGACUCGCUGGUGGAACUGGAGCCCCUCCGCACCACGCCACAGGCCAACGUCACGUUAGUGUUCAGCACGAGCCAGCACCACGGCGUGCUGCUGUACGUGGGCGAGAACGAGCACCUCGCCGUGGAGCUGUUCAACGGACGCAUCCGCAUCAGCUACGACGUCGGCAACUACCCCACCUCCACCAUGUAUAGUUUCGAGAUGGUCUCUGACGGCAACUACCACAAAGCCGAGCUGCUGGCCGUCAAGAAGAACUUCACGCUGCGCGUCGACGACGGGCCCGCCAGGUCCAUUAUAAACGAAGGUGCUAAGGAGUAUCUUCGCGUGGAGCGACCCAUGUAUCUGGGAGGAGUGCCCGAGGACGUCGCCAGGGACGCCUUCGCCAAGUGGCACCUGAGGAAUAUCACCAGCUUCAAAGGUUGCCUGAAGGAGGCUUGGAUCAACCACAAACGCGUGGACUUCGUGAACGCGGCGCGCGUGCAGCGCACCGUCGCCGGCUGCGGCGAGGACGAGCCAGCACUGCCGCCCGCACGGCCAGCACCAGUACAAGAAGACGCCGGUAGACACAGCCAGGACCCGUGCGUGCCGAACCCGUGCGCGCGCGGCGGGCGCUGCGUGCGCGAGGAGGGCUCGGCGUCCGACUACACGUGCCGCUGCCGCCUCGGCACCGCCGGCGCGCAGUGCGAGCGCCGCGCCUCCGUCGGUGGCGCUCCAGUGAUAACUGAGAACAAGUUGCCUCCACGCAAGCAGCCCACCUUCAGCAACGUGCAGGCAUCGCCAGCGUCGCCAGCAGUGAAGCAGGAGUUGCCGGCGGAGCACGCGCCACCUGGCGGCGGCUGUAGAAAGGAGGCGACCCGCGAGUUCAUCUCGGAGGGGUCGUGCCGCAGCCGGCGGGCGGUACGUGGCGCUCGCUGCACUGGCAGUGACCGCGGGGGGUCAGCUCGCGCCGCGUGCGGACGUGGCCUCUGCUGCGCGCCCAGGAAGACCAAGAAGAGGAAGAUCCGGCUAGUUUGUGCGGACGGCACGCGUUACACCAAAGAAAUAGAGAUAGUACGCAAGUGUGCGUGCGGUAAGAAGUGUCCGCGCCAAACCAACCCCUUCCUGCAUUAGGCGCCACUAAAACGCCGGAUCACAAUACAAGCUCACUUACCUAAUAGAUAAGAUAUUAAUCAUCCACAGAUAAAAAAAAAACGCGAAAACGCAAACGUCAGUUUGACAGAUCGAAACAGGAGGGCAAAGGUACAACGCUGUACAACCUAAUCUUUUACAAUUUAAACGUGACGAGCACAGGCAAAAAGGAGAAAGUUUUUUUUUAAUAAAACUUUUUUAAAUUGUAAUGACAUAUAACAAGGCCAUCAUACAAAAAUUUACGUAAAAAUAAGAUUUAUUAGCUAUUUCUAAAUAAGUUUUACAUACCAAUACAUACAUGUACAAAUACACUUAAACCUAUUCACAAUAGAUGGCGCCUUCAACGCAAUUUGUAAAAAAGUCGAUAUAAAAGUCGACACAAUACCUAACACUAUAAUCCCUUUGUACCAAUAAUAUACACAUAGACAAUAAUCGCAAUGAAUUUGUAUCGUUUUUUUUUUUUAACUUGGCAAACAUUUGUCUUUGUCGUGUAGAAAUUUAAAACUUGAAAUUCGUAAGUGGAAUAAUAAAGAAUUGUAGUUUUUUUUUUUUUUAGUAACAUGGGUUUAAGAAAAAGUUAUACAGUGUGAAAAAAAAAACUUUUUCAAAUACAUAACCUUUACACCUUCAUAUUUAGUGUCAAAACAGACUGAUUUUAAUGCAGUUUUCAAUAUUUUCAUAAAUAUUUCUUAGCUGUGUUCUAUGAAAAUCUACGACAGAUUGUUUUAAUAGAAUGUUCGAGUCUGAUUAAAAAUAUCAAGAAUUCUUUAAUCUUGUAAAAACAUAACAAUAACGAAACAUAACCACCUAUGUAUUUCAAGUUUUUUUUUUUUUUUUCCUAAUAUAAGGAAGUAGAUGACCAUAAUGUAUCGAAUUUAUGGAAUAUAAGAUUAUACACAGAUGUAGUCACGGCCUAACAUGUAGUCGGUGUAGAUUCGGACUUAGGUGUCGGGGGGAAUGUAGACGUAACCUCAUUUAUAAAGAGUGUAGUCAAAUUAUUUGCCAGUGUUGAAAAUUAUAGGAUAUAAACAUUAAGGGAUAUGAUUUUAUAUAUAUUUUUUUAAUUUGUUGACUUAAAGUCACUAUAUCUUUUUGUCUUUGACGUGUAGGACGAUUUAAAAAGUAUAGUUUUUUUUUUUUUUUAUCGCUGAUACAAAGGAAAGGUAAAAAGUAUAAACGACAUAUCUGAUACGAAAUAAAAUAAAAACUUGAAAUUAAUCUUCAAUUUAAUUUAAUAAUAUACACAUAAUUUUUUUUUAAUAAAAAACUUAUUGGGCAUGAAGUUUAAAGAUUUAUUUAAAAACAUCUACUCUCUCGUAAUGUCUGAUGGGGUUGCCAGAAAAUAUGCGAAUUUUCAACACUGUCAAAUAAUUAAAACACAUUAAAAAUUAAUAAUUAAACGUUUUCUAUAUGUACCUAACAUCUUUUACUUAAUAUACCUAUUACAAUAUACAUAAUUAGAAUAUAUUAUGUACCUAGUAUUAAAUUCUGCGGUAGUAUAAUAACUUUAAGUUUUUUUUUAGUCGGACAUUAUUUAUUUAGUAUGGAGACGCGAAUACACUGUACCUACCUACAAUGGAAUAAUUUUAAUGGGAAAAUAUUUGAGCGUAAUAUAUUUAAUAUUGCUACAGAUCACCUUACUUAUGGUAUUUUAGUAAAUAUAUUUCGUUACUGAAAAUUAUUUAAAAAAAAAGCAGAUAUUUUUUUUUUUUAUUAAACAAUAUAACUUGUGUUCAUUUGAUGUAAUUAUAUAAAAUAUUUAUUAUUAUUGGUAUUAUAUAGUUGUUUAGUAUUAUUAAAUGUAGAUUUUAAUAUUUAAGGCAUAUUUUAUGACUAUUUGAAAUUUUAUUUAAAUAAGUCAUAACGAUUUUGACAUAGACAAUUUUUCUACAAUUUUUUUAUUUUUAUUUAAUUACUUAUUUUAAACGAAACGACAAAUUAUCAUAUUGAAGACUAGGCAGCGUGGUCUCCGACCGUAGCCUGUUCCACAAUGGAAGAAACGUACUAAAAAAAAAAUUAAACGAAACAAGUUUUACCUCCAAAAUUAUAAAUGAAGAAUAUGUCAUUGAUAACUUCUAACUUCGAUAUGUGAGGCUUAUUAAUAAUUAAAGAGACCUCUUUACCUAUAAAUAUUAAUAAGUAUAUUAUAAUAAUAUUACAAAUAAUAAUUAUUGAAGUAAACUUAAAAAUAAACAUUUUAAAAUAGUCACUUUUUCUAUAAAUCCACCACCCGGUUCGGUAUGCAAUUUCAGCUUAGAAGAACGGGAGAGAAACACAGCUGUUGCUUUUUAAAAAUAAAAGUUAAUAAAAGAAAGAAAAUAAAAAGCUACAAUCCAUCACAGUAUUCUCGAUUUGAAUUCUUAAUUUAUUCAUCCAUUUUACUGACAGACUGUUUAGUAUUUUUGGAGGUAAAUGUCUUUUUGACAAUCAAAUCAGAAUUAAUUAAUCUAUGGUUUAACGGCUUUGGGUACCAGCCUUAUAUGUGUCUAUAAAAAAUAUACCAUAUACAAAAUUGAGUCUAUUCUUGCCAGCUCUCUUGUCUAGAUACAAUUUACAAAUAUGAUAGUAAGAUAAUAGUAUAGUUGUUGUAUUUACACAAAAAAAAAACCAAUCAAAAUAUGGGUAUUUUACACGUUACUGUAGCGUUUAAAAGCAGUAAGACUUAACUUGGAUAAGGAUUCGUGUUUAUAAAUGAAGUAGUGCUUUUUUAUAACCGGCCUAAACCCAAGAUACGUUGACAUUUCGUGUUAUAGCACUGUGCAGGUGGCAGUUGUACAUUGAAAUCGUAGAAAAAAAAAUACUAAAGGUUGAAUUAUUUAUAGAUUCAACAUUUUUUUUUUUUUUGCAAUUAUAUGGCACAGACAAACGGUAAAAGAAACGGGAUAUCCAAAAGGAACGAACAGAAUUUCAGUAUUAAGGAAUCAUAGUUUGAUGUUGGAAGGUGGAAAGUAUUAUUGGAUUGAUAUCGACUCCAAAUAUUUCACUAGUUUUUUUUUUUUUUUUACAGUGUAUACCAAAAUACGCGGUCACGUCACAGCCGCUCAUGAUUAAGGAUCACGAAUUGAUUUCGAAACCAGUUGAGAUUUCUCGAUCUAAUUACACGUAAGUUAAAAUACUAAAAUGUCCGCUGUCACCCGCACACUACUACAACGUGCAGAAUAAUACAUAUAAGUUAUUGUAAUUCAUAUCAUACAGCUCUUAACUGAGAAAAUCUUUUUUGUAUAAAAAUAUAUAUUUAAUCAUAAAUUAUUGCAGUUUCGUUGCAUAAACAGCUUUAGGCGUUAUUGUAAAUUAUUAGAGUUAAUUCUAUUAUUAGAUUAAGCAUAUUUUACACGAUUAAUUUAAUGCAUUCCGUAUUUAUUCGAAUUUCUACCAAAUUGGUAGAAAGAUAUGGUAACACUGUAAACAACGCAUUUAUCGACCUAACUUAUUACGUCAGUAUUAAAGAUUUUAUUAUUAUAAUGCAAUUUAGAGAAGAAUCUAUCAGGAAUGUGGAAAUGCCAUUUCUCAUCAAUGUUGCCAUGUCAUAAAAUAAUAGUUUUUGGUAGAUUUUUCUUGAAUUUAUGUAGUGUAAGUAAAUGUUUAAGAUGUACUCGAACUGACGCGGAAUGUUUAGUGAAACAGCUCGGCGUCGGUUCGGCUGCGCCGUUAUCGAUUAAGCUUUAAGUUACGUACCUAGAUGUGUUGCUACCGAGUGAAGUGCCGCCCGGCGUUGCAUGCGCUUUUUAUGGAAUAAUUAUAAAUAAUAUUGUAAUAAAUAAUGCCAUUUAUAAUUUAUUUGAUGUAAUAAAAGACGAUGUUAGAUAAA